AUGGCGAUGGCGAGCUCGACGAGGAGGCUUGCGUUUGUGCUACUCGUGCUGGCCUUUUCGGCCGCGCUCGCAGAGAGCAGAGAUGCAUAUAUGAGGAGCGCAAAUCGAUAUGCCUGCAUACUGACCCAGGAAAGCUUCCCUCUUGCAAGCAGAGGGGCAGGAUUAACUUCGGCAAACGGAAAGCUGUGUGUACUAUGUGAGCAGUACUCAACCGAAGCUCUGGUCUACCUGCGACAAAACGAAACCCAGACCGAGAUUCUCAGUGCCCUCCACCACACGUGUGCAAGUCUUGGUCCUCUAAGACAGCAGUGCAUCACGCUGGUUGACUACUACAUUCCCGCUUUCUUCUUGGAGGUUUCUGUGGUUAAACCUGAAGAGCUCUGUGAGUCAGCGCACCUCUGCCCAAAGGGGGCGGCGACUCGGUCGUCCACGCGAGGGGAGGCCUGUGGUCUAUGCCAUCAUGUUCUUGUUGAAGUUCUUACCAUGCUUAAGGAUCCCAACACCAAGCUGGAGAUAGUCGGGCUUCUUUUCAAAACAUGCAGCAAGGCAAAGAACUAUGAACCGCAGUGCAAGAGGCUUGUCCUUGACUACAUCCCACUGAUUCUGGUGAAGACCCAGAACUUCCUUGAGACGACGGAUGUCUGCUUUGCGACACAUGCCUGUAAAACAGGCAUGCAAGCAACCAUUCCUCUAUCCGCCGCUUUGUGA